GCCAAUGUAAUAGGGGGUAUAGUCCAGGUACGAAGGGUGAAACUAAGCCCUAUUUCUUCACUAGUGAGAUAAGAGACAUAUUGCACAAUGAUAAACAGAUUGAGUAGUUUACCAAAUAUAAUUCUUCGUUGCAUCCUUUGUUUCAUGGAUAUUAGAGACGCCAUCAAAAUCUGUAUACUAUCAAAGUGAUGGAGAUACUUGUGGGUUUCCCUUCGUGAGCUUAAUCUCAACCCAACACUCUAUUACGACUCAAGUUUCACUCCACAAUUCCGUUUUAAAGUCUUUGUGCACCGAAUCUUUUCUCACUGUGAUCACAAAUCUAUUCUCUCUAAGUUUAGCUUCGGUUAUCAUCAAAAAUUGGAUUACGAUGACACCCUAAUCGUAGAGAUUUCGUUGUCCUCCAUUUCCCUUGUCUUCAUCACUUGUAUGUUCAUAUUAAGCGAACUUCCUGCACACGGGAUAGUGGAUUGAAGGAGGCGGAUGUUGUGAAUGUUGUUAAUAUGCUAAGAGGAUGCUAUAAUGCUCAAUGUGUUAGCCUACAUUCUGAUAACAUUAAGGUUCUCAGCAUGUUUCCUGACUUAUUCGAAACGGAGCCUUAUCCAUUUAUGAAUUUGAAGUACUUGAAAUUUUUGUGUGAUAGUAACUCAUCAAGUAUACCAUUCUAUGUAAUGAGCUACCUCCUCAGUGGAUCACCUGAUGUUGAAAUUAUGCUCCAAAUAUUGAAGGUAUCCAUACAUCCAUUAUGUUUGCUUUAUUAUUGUAAAUCUGUUAUCAUUCUAUGGUUUCCAUUUCUCAUUUUAACUUUGCUAAAGGAAGGAAAAGUUCUGAGUUCAGAAGAAGAAGGAUACUUCAUGGUGAUUGAAGAGAAAAGAAGUCAGUGCAUGAGUCGUGACAUGAAAAUGGCUAGGGGUUUUCAAAAGGAGAGAAACUGGUUCCCCAUCGAGACAUGGGCUGGUGGUGUCAUGAGUAAGGAGGGGAAGAUAUUAAAAUAUGUUGGUGGAUGGGCUUUAGAAGAAUGGGUUACCCAAAUAGGGAUAGAUAUGAAGUAUGAAGAAACGGUGAAUAUGGUUAGAGCUUUUGGCUAUGGUGAGGUGCAUAGAAUAUGUUAUUUCAAACCAAAGGGUGAUUGGAGAUGCUUGACUUUGGCUAGGACAGAUGAAGACGUAGUUGCAAUGCUAGAAGAGGGAAAGGAUUGCAAUUUUUUUGAAGGUAUACAUUGAGACCAACAUGAAGUUAGUGGAAAAUAGUUGGAUAGAGCAUACAUUAGUGAGCUUAAUGAUGAAAAAAUUUCAUUUGAGCUUAAUCAUGAUGAUGUGGAUGACGUUGACUUGAUUUUUCAAGCCAUGGAGAGGGAGGGAUUGAUAGUAAGUGAAGAUGAGAAUGAUGCUGAGACUAAAAAUGUUGAUGGCUGUGUUGAAGUAGAUAUUGAUAUUGAAGAGGAAGAAAGUGAUUUAGACAUUGAUGUUUCUUCAAUACUAGAUGAGGAUAAAGAUGACAGAGGCUGUGAAGGCUAGGGAGAACAUGUUGAAUUAACAAAAAUAGUAAUUGAUAAUGGAGUUGGGUUAGGCUUAGAAGUGGCUUUUGUUGCUGAGAAUGAAGAGGUUGCUAACAGUGAAUUGCCUAAAUCACAAGAAGAGCCUGAAAUUGUGAAUGAUCUCAUAGCAUAUGAUAUAAAUGUGUCAAAAAUAAGAGCGACUAUGAGCAAUCUGAUGAAGAGUUCUCAAGUACAAAUAGCAGCGAUGAAGGAGAAAUGCAUGUUAAGAAGAAAAAAAAAAGCCAUCUAAAAUGUCUAUGAUCUUUCAUGCGAACACAAAAAGCUUCAGUUUCCUAUUGGCAUGGUUUUUGCUUCUAAGGAGCAACUAAUUACGGGUGUAAAAAAGUUUGCUUUACUUAAUCAAUUCAAUGUCAAAUGGAGGAAAAGUGAGGCUACUAAGGUUGAUUAUAAAUGCUUUGGAUCUUGUCCUUGGAGACUAUAUACAAGAACCCGAGGAAAGGACAAGUCAUGGGUAAUUAUGACGUAUCAAGAAGAACACAAGUGUUUUAGGUCACUGACAAAUCGACAAAAAAAUUAUGACUUUCUUGCAAGAGAAUUCUUAAGAUAAAUAAGAAGAGAUCCUUCUUAUGGUAUGGAUAAGAUGAUAGCGAGCAUGAAUGAAAAGUAUGUUGUUAUAGUUAAUAGGCAACUGUGUUACAGAGCGAGGGCUAAAGCUAUGGCAAAGCUAACAGGGUCUCUAAGAGGCACACUAGGGGAAAUUGAGGUCUUACAUAGCAUAACUAAGAAGAGUUGACAAGGAGGGGACAUUUAUUUUGCAACGUGAAGAGAAUGGAAGUAGGGGCCCAAAUGUGUUUCAAAGGUUGUACAUUGGAUUCUUGGCUUUGAGAAAAGGCCACAAAGAGGGUUGUAGACCAUGUAUAUUCAUUGAUGGUUGUUUUUUUAAAAACAAUGCUUGGAGGACAGUUAGUUAGUGUAAUUAGCAAAGAUGCCAAUAAUCAAAUGGAUCCAGCUGCAUGGGCUGUUGUGGAAAGAGUGAAGGAGUAUAGUUGGACUUGGUUUCUGAAUUUGCUAUUUGAGGACCUAAGCGUUGCAUACGGUGUUAGACUCACCAUUGUGAGUGACUAACAGAAGGUAAAAUUCUCUAACAUUAGUUCAUUUAUUCAAAUUUUAUGUUCUUUUUACUUAAGAUUGUGUUCUCCUUUAUUUGACAAGGGACUAGAGAAUGCCAUUAAAGAGCUUGUUCCUUAUGCUAUGCAUAGGAACUAUGCAGUCCACAUUCAUGCCAAUUGGAAGAAAAUGCAUAGAAGAGAAGGGUACAAGCAAUGUUUUUGGGCAAUUGUGUAUUUUGCUUAGGAGGCUGAAUUUGAUAAGAAACUCAGAAUUGAAGGAGCUUGAUGCAGAAGCAGUUGACAAUUUGUUAAAGAGAGAUAAAACCAAGUUUUGUAGAGCAUUUUUAUCCACUUUUUCUAAAGUGGAUGAUGUUACAAACAACAUUGCAGAGACCUUCAAUGGAUACAUCCUAAAGCAAGAACUAUGCAUUUGAUCAUGAUGUUUGAAAAAAUAAGGACAUCCUUAAUGAUAAGAAAACUAUUUCAAGGAGACACAAGUGAAGCAAUGGAAAGAUGGGGUUGGAGGAAGAAUAAGGCAAAAAAAA